UUGUGCAUUGUGCAUGCUGAAUAUUUCCAGAAUGAUGCUGUGAUUGAAUGCUUUACAAAGGAGAAUUUUGUGGUGAACGAAAUAAACACCAAGGAUUGUCAGUUUUAUGCUUGCGACUGGAAGACAUUGCAACAUAAACUUGCUGAUCAAAAGUUUGAUGUUAUUUUAACUUCCGAAACGAUCUACAAUGAAAAGAAUUAUGAAUCUCUACAUGAUGUUAUCGAUGCGCUCCUUAUUCCGGAUGGAUUAGUACUAUUAGCUGCUAAGCUGUAUUAUUUCGGUGUUGGUGGUAAUAUUCCUUCAUUUCUGGAGUAUCUGAAAACACGAGGAACAUUUGAUUCGUACGAAUGCUGGAGCAGUGAUAGUGAUGUGCCACGAAAGAUUGUACAAUUAACUCGGACAUUUCGCUCUUGA